AUGAACUCCUUUAGAUUUCCCUACACGUCUGUUUACAGUCACAAUAUCUGGCUGAGAGACCACUGCCGAUGUCCGAAAUGUUUCCAUCCAGCUACGAAGCAGCGGUUGCUCGAUACCUUUGAAAUACCAACUGACAUUGCCCCCUUACAUAUCGAGGCCAAGGUUGAGGGACUCGAAGUCACCUGGCCCUCGCAAGACCCGCAUGUGUCCCUGUAUCCCUGGUCCUGGCUUCAACGACAUUCAUACGAUCCUUCGCUAAGUGGCAAAGAUGCCUCGCAGGAAAAAGUAUUGUGGGGUUCCACAAUUCAAAAGUCACCCCCAACAGUUGCUUACGAAGAAGUAAUGGCAAAAGAUGAUCAAGGACUAUUCAAGUGGCUCUCAAAUGUCGACCGAUUUGGAUUCUCGUUUGUGAGUGGUGUGCCCGAAACCCCAGAAGCUACAGAGGCGCUGUCAGAGCGAAUCGGCUUUAUUCGAGAAACACAGUAUGGUCGUUUUUGGGAGAUUACUUCCGACCUUGCCAAAGGCGACACGGCUUAUACGACACUGGCUCUUGGUGCACAUACGGACAACACCUACUUUACGGACCCAUGUGGUUUACAACUUUUCCAUCUUCUUUCUCAUACGGGAGGUACUGGGGGUGCCACGUUACUCGUUGACGGGUUUUAUGUCGCAAACAUUAUGAAGGAACUCCAUCCGGAAGCUUAUGAUUUGCUGUCACGCAUACCCGUUCCAGCUCAUGCAGCUGGUGAAUCUUCCGCAUUGUAUCGGCCCAGUCCGCCUUCGGGCUAUCCUGUCUUAGGACACGACGCGUUCACGGGCGAGCUCACGCAGGUUCGCUGGAACAACGAUGACAGGAGUGUGAUGAGUCAUUUGACCUCGGAUCUUGUUGAGAAAUGGUAUGAUGCUAUCAGGACAUGGAACAAGUGUUUAACAAGUCCAGACUCUCAAUAUUGGGUCCAGUUGCAACCUGGCACAGCAGUCGUUGUGGAUAACCACCGUGUUCUCCAUGGUCGCUCAGCGUUCGAUGGUCGACGCCGUAUGUGCGGAGCGUACAUCGGCGUGGAUGAGUACCGGUCUAAAUUGGCCGUCUUGAGCGAGAAGUUCGCUCCUGAUCCUGUGUUGGUCGCUACUGAGAAGAUUCCUCUUUCGACUGCCAAUGGAAGAAGCAUUUGGAACGCGGCUCUUUGA